AUGACGAGCGUGCUGCGCACCGGGCGCGCCGCGCCGUGCGCUUCUCGCACCGCGAAGCGCUCUGCGUGCGUUGUGCGCGCCUCUGCGCAGGAUACCCCUGACGCGGGCGCGAUGCGCCGGAGGUUCGCGGGGGCGUGCGCGGGGCUGGUCGUGGCAUCGAGCCUCCUCGGCGCGGCGCCUGCCGUGGCCCGCCUGGAGGGCGUCAACAAGCCGGAACUCCUGCCGAAGACCCAGGGCGAGCUCCUGAUCGACGUGGCCGGCUUCCUGACCGAGGGCGAGGAGAAGCGCAUGGUCAGCGAGCUCAAAGCCAUCGAGGCCGACACCGGCGUCAAGUUGAGGGUCCUGGCCCAGAACUACCCCGAGACGCCCGGGCUCGCGAUCAGGGACUACUGGGGCGUCGACGAUGACACGGUGGUGUUCGUGGCCGACCCCGGCCUCGGGAACCUGCUCAACUUCAACGUCGGGCAGAACGUGGACCUCAGCGUGCCGCGGAGCUUCUGGACGCGGCUAUCGAGCAAGUACGGCGUGAAGAAGUACUGGUCCACGGAGGGCGAGGGCACGGCGAUCUUGAACACUGUGUCUGCCAUCGACACGUGUCUGCGGGAGCCCGAGGGGCCGGGGAAGUGCUCCAAGGUGCAGGGGGAAUUCGGCGAGGCGCCGUCGUCGGGGAAGAUCGGCAAGGCCCUCUUCGGCCAGUAA